AUGCCUUCGUCGCAAGCCCCCCACUACGCAUGGGCCUCUGGGCAUGUGCUCCUCCUGCUCUGUGCAGCCGUCUGGCUCCCUAGCUCGCUCCGACACCCGUUUUCAACCCCCAAGACGGCCUAUAGCUAUCGCUUGGCCUAUCUCGGAGCACUUACGAGUUAUGGGAUCGUCUGUUUUAAGGCAUUGGGCACGCCGACCGCCAAUUUGGCAUUUUUGAAACGAGCGAUGGCUGAUGAGAACUGCCAAUACUUUUUACUUGCCCUGUUUUGGCUCUUGACUAAACCCAUUUCUCUGUCCCUUGUCCCCUAUGCGAUUUUCUCGACGUUCCAUGUGUUGACGUUUGUGCGUACGACUGUGUUGCCCAAGCUGGCUCCCCCGAAGCCUCCUGCGCGCGAAGGCGAGAGGCAAGCAAAAGAUACGCCGCUUCAGAAACAGUUGCACCAACUUGUUAAAUCUCAAUAUGAUCCCGCGAUGAACGUCUGCGCCUGGGCCGAGCUCGUCAUUCUUGUCAGGACGAUCGUUGGGUUCUGGAACGGGUUUAUUGCCCCGAUCGCGUUUGCUCACUUCCUCCGAUUGCGGUUCUACUACUCGUUGUUCUCGCGUAACGCAAUCAAGGGGGCCGACGGACAUAUCCAAGGAUACGUCAACGGGACACCAGCUGCCAAGGCUGGGUACGAGAAGUUCAAGGAGGUUGUGACACGCUGGAGCGGAACGGUCUUGGUCCCAGCUGGAGGUGCUGCCGAGCCUGGUCCUGCGCCUAGGCGUUGA